AUGGUCGCUAUUUACUACCACGACAAUCUAGACACGCCCGAGAAUUUCACCGAGGACCACGAUUCCGGUGUGCCCGUCCCCGAGGACAGGUUAGCGGAAAUCGGCGUUUUCUACCGCUACAUUGACAAUAUGGAAGAGCUAGAACAGGUUGCAAAAGACAGAGAUUACAAGAACAGAGACCAGGUUGCGCUCAACUUGGACACUUUCAAAGGAGACCAAAGCGCUUUCGAUGCCAAAAUGGCCCAGUUCUACAAAGAACACUACCACGAGGAUGAGGAGAUCAGAUACAUCUUGGAUGGAGAGGGCUUUUUCGAUGUCAGAGACCCCCAGGACCGCUGGAUCCGUGCCAAGCUCAACAAAAACGAUUUGUUGGUUUUGCCUGCUGGCAUCUACCACCGUUUCACCUUGUCCAAGAGAUUGCAGUAUGUCAAGGCUAUGAGACUCUUCAAGGAUGAGCCCAAAUGGGAGGCUAUCAACAGGGACGAGGGCCGUGACACUGAGGCUCGUGUGGAGUACCUGCGCUCCGUGGCCAGUGCUGCUUGA